AUCCGGGCUAUUUGCAGCACUGUUGAGUUUUGUAGCAGCAUUUCUGCUUUGGUCAUGGUACAUCUCUGAGAGGGAGGUUGGCUUAUUUUCCAGCAGGAAGAAAGGAGGGAAGAAGAAUAAAAACACCUCCUAUUUGGGUACACUGGUUUCUAUUUCUGUCCAGAGAUGAUGUUUCCUUCUGCAGGAAAACGCUGCUUCACCAUCGAGUCUCUGGUCGCCAAAGAGAACCCGCUAAUCUCCGAGGACCCCAUCCGCCCGACGGCUCUGAGCUACUCCAACCCGACGACAGAUGCCUUAAUGAACAGUUACCAGAACCCGCCGGCCAGGAGCCUGUACCAGAGCCCGGACCUGGUGUUCCCGGAGAACCACCCCUCCCUCACCGUGGCUCCUCACCAGCUCGGAGGCUCCCACCACUUGCAGCAUCCGCACUUCUUCGGGACGCAGCACCGAGACCCGCUCAACUUCUACCCCUGGGUCCUGCGCAACCGCUUUUUCGGACACCGGUUUCAAGGUAACGAGGUGCCGCAGGACAGCCUGCUCCUCCACGGGCCUUUCGCCAGGAAACCCAAACGCAUCCGGACGGCCUUCUCUCCGUCCCAGCUCCUGCGGCUGGAGAGAGCCUUCGAGAAGAACCACUACGUCGUCGGGGCCGAGAGGAAGCAGCUAGCGAACGGCCUGAGUCUCUCCGAAACGCAGGUGAAGGUGUGGUUCCAGAACCGGCGGACCAAGUACAAGCGCCAGAAGCUGGAGGAGGAGGGACCCGACAGCCAGCAGAAGAAGAAGGGAAACCACCACAUCAACAGAUGGCGCAUGGCCACCAAGCAGCCCGGCUCCGAGGACAUAGACGUCACCUCGGAGGACUAAAACGCUCCCGACAACGACGCAGCAGAGGACCAACACUAUUUAUUACGUAAUAUCAUUAAGUAUAACUAGACGCAUUAGAGGAAGGACUAAACUACGUCAUCGCUGUUCUUCUCCUCAUCGGGGUGCUACGCUGGAAAGAAAAACACAACCACAAACAUCUUAUUUAAGGACAUGCGGAUGAGGAGAGAUCCGCCCAAGGGUGAAGGGAAACCACAUCAACCUCUGUCAUAGUCUGUUUAAAUAUUGUACAGAAGCCGUAUAAAGCUUGUCUUCAAAAAGAGGCCAUUUGUUUUGUUCAAUCUGCUUCUUUUUUUUUUUGCCGCCAUCUUAGGUCAUUAACACCUCAUUACUCACCCCAUCCGCUCUGCCACCUGUGUACCAUGUUAAUCCAAAUGAGAUGAUGAUGUCACACACUUUUAGACACGUGCCCCCCCCCCCCCCCCUUCAGUCAAACAGGCCAGAGAAACAACAGGAAAUGAACAAUGUGUGAAAGAAGAACCCAAAUCUGCAGCAUGAUUGUUUUUUUUGAGGGGGGGGGGGGGGUCCAUCGUCGUGGAGAUUUGGCACAGAGACUUCCUGGUGUCCUGGGCGGGUCGUGCAGCUUUGUGCUUCUCUCCGUCUGCAGGUUUCACCGAGCGCCGCGUGUAGAACCGUGAAAACCACACACACACCACAACGCACGUCUUGGGGAGAAGUGUAAUUACAAAACGAUGUUUUUUUUGGAAAUAAAAGCCCGUUUCUCUGAUGAGAAAGGUCAGACCUUUUGUGUAACGAGCUGCAGGUUUCACUCAUUAGUUCCCCCUCGGCGGCCGGAGGGAACGUGUGAAACAUGCUGCAGUGUUUGAUUGGAAGGGGAGAAGAACAAAAAUAAAACCUCCUGCUGAGGCCACGAGAUCAACCAGAGGAAGGCGAUCCAUUUCCAGCUCGUUUCAUGCUUUAAAAUUUCAAAAAAUACGUGUGAUGCCACCGACCCC